UGAGAUAGGGCACCCUGUGUAUAUAGAUCCAUUCGAGAUACAUGAGGCUCGGAUGGGUGGAACAAGCGGUUUGCAUGUGUUGAAGUUGUUCCAGUCGCGUAAAGCGGUGUCCCCCGGAUCCUCAGGGGGAAAGAGAAAGGCGCGAAGGAGUUGUGGAGGGUGGAAGAAGUCCUUCGAGGGGGCGACACGAGCAGAGCGCGCUCACGGACCGAUAUUGUUUGGGGUGCAGGUGCUUACUUCCGCUCGCAGAUGAAGGGGACGAUGGGGCGAUAGAAGCAAACAA